AUGGAGGAGUUUCCAGGCGAACUACGUACGCCUCCGGUGGCUCUAGUAGCUUUAGUAGGCUUCCCGGAGCUUCAUGCGCCGAUCACAGCCCACCUUCACGCGGAGCAGCCACCUAUCAACGCCCUCGCAUUGCCGGAUAUCUCCAAAAUAUCGGUUUUUGCUAGAACUCCCAAGGAUAACUCGGUCCCGGUUCGACCCGUCCCUGGCAUUUUGAAAAGGGAUUGGGUUUCAAAGCACCGGACUCGGAUUCCUGCCGUGGUGGCUGCCCUUUUUAGCUCCGAUCACGUCUCUGGCGACCCCGCUCAGUGGCUCCAGGUCUGCAACGAUAUGGAUAACCUCAAAGCAGUGACUAAACCACGAAACAUUAAACUUGUAGUGGCGGUGGUGACGCAGUCAAGCUCCAAAGAUGAAAUCAGUGAAGAUCGGAUGCUUGCUCUUCGUAAGAAGGCAGAAAUUGAUGCGAAGUAUGUACAUGUCUUUACUACAAAUGAUCCUUUGGAGCUUGAACAAUCCCUCAACAGACUUAGAAGCUCUUUAGCAGAACUGGCAAAUGCAUAUUACAGAGAUGAAGGAAGAAGAAUCAAAUCGCGCCUUGAAAGGAAGAAUUUAAACAGCAUAGAGUUACAUAUCCGUUGCUGCUUCAAAGUUGCUGUAUAUGCAGAGUUUCGUAGAGAUUGGGCUGAAGGUUUGAAGUUUUAUGAAGAGGCCUAUCUCUCGGCACGGGAAAUGGUUGGAUCAUCUACAAGGUUGCCCCCUAUUCAACGUUUAGUUGAGAUCAAGACAGUUGCAGAGCAAUUGCACUUCAAAAUAUCAACUUUGCUCAUGCACGGUGGAAAACUAGCUGAAGCUAUUAUGUGGUUUCGCCGGCACAUAGAUACUUAUAAGAAGCUUGUGGGAGCAGCUGAUGCUAGUUUUGCUCACUGGGAGUGGUUGAGCCGGCAAUAUAUAGUGUUUGCUGAACUUUUGGAGACCAGCUCUGCUGUCCUUUCAGAUGUUGCAUCUGCAACUUCAGGAAUUGCAGAAAAACUGACUGAGUUGGAAUUUUAUUCAGCUUACUACUAUCAGGCAGCUGCUCAGUAUUUGAAGGAGAAGAGUUCUUGCUUGGAAUUGGCUCUGUCAUUGUCUGAACAUGCUGAUGAGACCGAUGACAAUGAUCAAUCUGUUUCUUCUGUUUAUGUUGGUCAGUUUGUGAGAUUAGUUGAGCUUGGGGAGGCAGUUGUUAUGCAACCUCUUACAGAUGAAGAGUUUAUUCGUUAUGCUCUUGCUGAAGCAAAAAGGUUUCAAGCUUCGUUUGAAAUUGUAGCCCUUCUUAAAAAGUCUUCUGAAUCAUAUAACAAUCAUCAUAUGUUGAGGAUGGCUUCAUACUGUGGGUUUAAGAUGGCAAGAGAAUAUUUUACUGCUGAAAAAUUUGGUGAUGCAAAACAAAGCUUCGACAUUGUUGCAGAUCUUUAUCGUCGAGAGGGUUGGGUUGCAUUGUUGUGGGAGGUUUUGGGAUACCUUCGGGAGUGCUCCAAAAGAAUUGGCUCAUUGAAAGAUUUUAUAGAGCAUUCACUUGAAAUGGCUGCUUUACCAGUGUCAGAUGCAAAUGGGAUUCAGUCUUUUAUGGAUUGUGGCCCCGCUGGUCCUCUAGGUCUCCUGGCGAGGGAAACGAUUCACAAAGAAGUAUUUGGACUAGUGAGGGGAGAACAAGAUAUUUUAUUGAAUGAAGAAAAUAACCCUCUCAAAGUUACUGACGACACUCCUCUUUUUCUUGAGAUCGAUCUUGUCAGCCCUUUAAGAGUUGUAUUGCUUGCUUCAGUUGCUUUUCAUGAACAAGUAGUCAAGCCUGGAACACCAACAAUGCUUACAGUUUCCCUUCUGACACAGUUGCCACUGGAUGUUGAAAUUGAUCAAUUAGAGAUCCAAUUCAACCAAACUGAAUACAACUUCAUUAUUGUAAAUAGUCAGAGGUCACAUUUGGCUGCAAUAUCAAAAGUACAACCUGGUCGCCGAGUGGAGAUGGCUCCUGUUUUAAAAGUUGCUACAAAUAGAUGGCUGCGGUUGACAUAUGAAAUAAUAUCUGAACAAAGUGGCAAGCUUGAGUGCAUGUAUGUUAUUGCAAGGAUUGGGCGCCACUUCACAAUCUCUUGCAGAGCUGAGAGUCCUGCUUCAAUGAACGAUUUACCUCUCUGGAAAUUUGAAGACCGGGUUGAGAGUACACCAAUCAAGGAUCCUGGUCUUGCAUCUUCUGGUCAGAAGGCCAUUCAAGUUGAAGAACCAGAUCCACAAGUUGAUUUGAAACUAGAUUCUUCUGGUCCUGCAUUAGUUGGGGAAAACUUUGUUGUACCUGUUACUAUUACUUCCAAGGGCCAUUCUGUCCAUUCUGGUGAGCUGAAGAUUAACUUGGUGGAUACGAAAGGGGGAGGAUUACUUAGUCCGCGGGAUGUGGAACCAUUUUCAACAGAUAAUCUUCAUGUGGAACUUGUUGGAGUAUCAGACCGAGAAAGUGCAGAUCAGUCUGACAUUGGUUCUGAAAAUAUCCGCAAAAUUCAGCCUUCUUUUGGAUUAAUAUCUGUGCCAAUUAUAGAAGAAGGAAAGACAUGGAGCUGCAAGCUGGAAAUCAGAUGGAACCGUCCAAAACCUGUCAUGCUUUUUGUGUCGCUGGGUUACUCUCCGUACGGCAGGGAAACUAGUUCACAGAAGGUUCAUGUGCACAAGAACCUGCAAAUUGAAGGCAAGACUGCCCUUACAAUCAGUCAUCAGUUUAUGUUACCAUUUCGGCAGGACCCUCUAUUACCAUCCACGGGCAAAGCAGCUGCAGGCUCUGACACAACACCAGUACUUCCUUCGAAGGAAACAAGCAUACUUCUUGUUAGUGCAAAAAACUGCACAGAAGUGCCCUUGCGUCUCUUAUCUAUGUCUAUUGAAUCAGAGGCUGAUAAUAAAUGCACUGUAAGACAAAAAAUGGAGGAGCCCAUGGAACCUGCACUCGUUGUGCCAGGAGAGGAGUUCAAGAAAAUAUUUUCCGUCAUACCCGAGGAAACAAUUGGAAAUAUGAACAUUGGUACGGUAUGUUUGAGAUGGAGGAGAGAUUGUGUUCGCGGAAAAUCUGUUUCCAGUUCUAGCGUAACAGAUGUCUGUACAAAACAGAGGCUACCUGAUGUGACUGUGGAACCACCUCCUCUAAUCUUACAUAUAGUGUGUCCUGCACAUGCUACUCUAGGAGUUCCUUUUACAUAUGCCAUUAAAAUUCAAAAUCGGACAUCUUUGCUUCAAGAGAUUAAGUAUUCUCUUGUAGAUUCGCAAAGCUUUGUGUUAUCAGGGCCGCACAAUGACACAAUAUUUAUUCUACCAAAAUCGGAGCAUGUUGCAAGUUUCAAGGUUGUUGCUUUGGUCUCGGGAUCACAACAGAUGCCACGAGUUACUGUCACAUCUACGAGGUACUCAGCUACCUUUCAACCGUCACCUGCUGCAUCCACAGUAUUUGUUUUUCCCUCAAAGCCUCAUUUUGAGCAGAAUGGUACUGGAGAUAGGAAGUUGCAGUCUCUUGCAGUUGAAUAG